CUGGAUCUGGAGCGCAGCAACCUGCGAGGCAAGGCCGUUGCCUGCUGCGUCAACAGCGCUGUGCGUGCCUUUCGCGUUUAUGGGAAAGUGACGCGCCUGACUCCUUAAAAAGUCCAGAAAAAACACUGGCGGCACUGCGAGGAGAGAUGGGCGCUGGAGCAGCGGGAAGCCGAGGGAUCUGAGAACAGAGUCCUUUUAUGAGAUCUCCAAAGCUCCGCUCCAGCCUCUAACAAGCAAACCCACAAUGGCUCACCCAGAUCUAGCAAUGGGUAGGAAUGAAACCUUAAGCCAAACCCUCUAUGAUGCCUUGGAAGAAGUCCUUGAAGACCAGUUUAACAUUUUUAAACGGAAGCUACAAGACAUUGACCAUGAUGGAAAGGGGAAAAUCCCCAAAGUUCAGCUGGACAGUGCUGAUAGAUCCGAUGUUAUUUAUCUCAUGUGUGACUUCUAUGGUGAGGCCAAUGCAGUAAAAGUAUGCAUAUGUGUCCUUGAACAUAUUGGCAAGGAAGACAUUGCUGCAAAUCUCAAAGAAGCAACACGGAAAGGUUCUAGGUUAACCUACAGAAACUACAUAAAGGGCAAAUUUCAGUCAAUGAAAGUCCAUCCUUCUCUUGGUGAAAAUCUGCUUCGAAGCUGCCAGUAUUCAAAGCUAACCUUUGAUAUUGAGAGUCCCAGAAAGCAGAAGGAAGAACAUGAAAUCAUGGCUUUAGGAUGGGUAUAUUUUCGAGACACUUACAUGGACUAUUGUAGCCUUCAAACAGAGUAUACCACUGAAAAGCUAUUUAAUCCUGAUAGAAAUGGACUGGUUCCACAAAUCGUUGUACUGCAGGGAGCUGCAGGGAUCGGGAAAACAACAACGGCAAGAAAAAUCAUGUUUGACUGGGCCUGUGGAAGACUUUAUCAGGCCAUGUUUGAUUAUGUUUUCUACAUUAAUUGUGGAGAGAUGAACCUCUGUAAUGAGGAUAGUAGUAUUGCAGAAAUCAUUUUAAAACAGUGGCCCCGACAGGAUGAAAUUAAGAAGAUGCUGGAGAAUCCGAAGAAACUGCUGUUUGUAAUUGAUGGGUUUGAUGAAUUAAGAUGCUCCCUUCAACCAGACCCCUUUUGGACUGAUCCCUGGCAGAAGGGGCCUGUGGAGGUCCUCCUGGGCAGCUUACUUAAGAAAAAACUCCUUCCUGAAUCCUACUUGAUAAUAACAGCAAGACCAACAGCCCUGGGGUAUCUCCAUGAGUGCUCAGGGGAAUUACGUCGCCAUUUCAAGAUCCUGGGAUUUUCAAAAGAGGACAGAGAGAAAUAUUUCCACAAAUUCUUUGAGAAUAAAGACCGAGCAACUCAAGCUUUCAGUCUUGUAAAGCAGAACGAGACCCUCUUCACCAUGUGCUCGGUUCCCCUUGUGUGCUGCAUCAUCUGCAUGGUGUUGGUACAACAGAUGGAAAACAGUGAGGAUCUUUGGCAAACAUCCAACACGCUCACUGCCACCUAUGUGCUUUACCUUUCCAGCUUGCUAAAGCUGCACCACAACAGCCCAUCAAAGGAACAUAUUAGAAAGAACUUGAAAAGUUUGUGUUCUCUGGCUGCAGAUGGAAUCUGGAAACGAAAAAUACUGUUCUGGGAGGAAGAAAUCAAAGAGCUCAGCUUAGAUCAGGAAGACUCCCUCCCCCUCUUUCUGAGCAAGAGCAUUUUCAGAAGGAACAUUGAAUGUGAACGUGCCUACAGCUUCAUUCACUUAAGCUUCCAGGAGUUUUUUGCAGCCUUAUCUUACUUACUGGAAGAAGGAGAAGGGCUGAGUUCUGAAAAUCCUAAUCAAGAUGUGGUCAGAUUAUUAGAAAGCUAUGCAGUUUCCAGACCUGAUUUAGAAGUAACGGUGCGCUUCCUCUUUGGCCUCGUAAAUGAAGGAAAGGGAAUGAAGGACAUGAAAGAGAGGUUCGGAUGGAAAUAUUCACCUAAGAUUAAAGAAGUCUUAUUAGAAUGGGUGAAAAACACCACAGAAACAAAGAUGGAUGUUCGUGAGAGGCAUAAGCACCGAUGGCUUGAAUGCUUGUAUGAGAACCAAGAGGAAAAUUUUGUGGAAAGUGCAUUGGAUCACGUGACUGAAGUUACCGUACACGGAAGAUACCUGACUAAGACGAGAGUGAUGGCCCAGGCAUAUUGCUUGGAGCACUGCUCUGCUUUGGAGGUCCUUCACGUGGCGGAAAUGUUAUUUAUGAGAUAUUAUGAUUUUACCGAAGAAAUAUUAGAAAAAGAGGAGGAGGAAGAAGAGGAAAAACUUACUAAUUCAGAACCACAUUCAGACGGGUUAUGGGCCCAGAUCCAGAGACUUAGAAGAGACCCAGAGUGCAAUAGCUGGACUAUGUACAAUUUUUUGAAUCGACUGACUUGUGGUAUUUUUGGGAAACCUGAAGAACCUUUGUUUGGGAAGCUCGAAUCCUGUUGUGAACAGUAUCAAAACCCAGCCAUCUUCAAAGCACUGAAGUCUCCAAAAAGUAACUUAAGGCAUGUGAAGUUGAAGUUUUUUAGGAAACAGCUUGUUCCUUGUGGUUUCCUCGCAUCUCUUCUCUCUGUUAACUCAACACUGUUGGAGCUGGAGCUGGGAAGAAAUAAAGUCGGAGAUUCAGGACUGAAGCUGCUAGCUGAGGGACUAAAGCACCCAAACUGCCAGAUACAGAAAGUGAUGUUAUAUAGCUGUGGACUGACAGGAGCAUGUUGUGAGGACCUGUCCUCUGUGCUCUGUACCAAGCAGACCCUGACAGAUCUGGAUUUAUCAGACAAUGCACUAGGAAAUUUUGGAAUCCGCCAACUUAGUGAAGGUUUAAAACAUCCUAACUGCAGGCUGCAGAAGCUUGUGUUAUCCAACUGUUCUUUCUCAGGAACUGCUUGUUGGGGUUUCGCCAAAGUUCUGCGUACAAGCCAGACGCUGAGAGAGUUAGAUCUGCGUUUCAAUAAAGUGUGGAACAUAGGAAUGAUGUUGCUGUGUAUGGGACUAAAGGAUCCAGCUUGUAAAUUAGAGAACCUACAGUUGAUUAAGUGCAGCAUCACAAGUUGUGGAGAUCUGUCUUCUGUCCUUGCCGCAAACCAGAUGCUGAAACAAGUAGAUUUACGAGAUAAUAAACUGGGAGAUUCAGAAGUGAGGCUGCUGUGUGAGGGCUUGAAACACCCAAACUGCAAGCUUGAGGUUUUGUCGUUGUUUGCUUGCUGUCUGACAGCAGAUUGUUGCAAGGCUCUGUCUUCUGCUCUCAUUACCAACCAGACCUUAAGAAAAUUAGAUUUAACUUGGAAUGCAUUAGGUGAUUCAGGGGUGAAGCUACUAUGUGAAGGGCUAAAACAUCCAGACUGCAAGCUGCAGAGUUUGAGGUUGUCCCACUGCUCUUUUACACAGGCUUGUGGCGGGGAUCUUGCUGAAGUCCUCAGGGAGAGCCAGGCACUGAUAGAACUGGAUCUGGCUUGGAAUGAAAUCGAAGACAAGGGAGUGGAGCUGCUCUGCGAGGGGCUGAAACACCCAGACUGUAAACUGGAGAUUCUAGAGCUGCAUGGGUGCGGCAAGACACCUGCUGCUUGUGAGAACCUCUGCGCUGCCCUGACUACAAACCAGUCACUGACCAGACUGCAUGUCAGCUAUGACGUCCUGGGAGCCUCUGGCAAGGAUCAGUUCAGAAAUGCACUGCAACAUGGAAGGAGAAGACGGCAGGGACUAUGGUUGAAUGGAGAACGUAUUGGCAUACCCGAGUGGUGAUGAAAGAAGUGAAGAUUAAGAAAACUAUGGGCAGGAUUCACCUAAUCGGUUCUGUUGGCAGAAGACCUGCACAAAGACUUUCACUUGCACCGUGUGGCUUUCUCUCCCCCCCCCCCUUUUAUUUUAUUAUACAAUAAUAUGCAUUAUAUAUUUCAUUAUGCAAUAACUCCUCCCUCCUUGAGCCCUCUGUGCACCUCCACCCCACUGAAAUUGGUUUGGGUGUGUUUUUUUGGAGAGAAAUUGGAAUAGUACUGAGGGGGAGGAGGGGAGACUUCCAUCUGACAGGCAGGAAUGCUUGCGCAGAUGGAUAAACAGGAAGAGCACAAGGUUAAAUUCCACCCAGUAAUUCUGGCAAUUAAAUGCUUGUAUCAAAAAGAUAUCAUUGUUGAGAAAUGGCAGCCAAAAGUCACCGACCCAACCAAGCUUUACUUUGAAGGGGAAAUAAAUUUGAAGUGUAAGUUUCUGCAGGCUGCUUGUGGGUGCCCGUUAUAUAGUUCAUAUGAGAUUAUUUCAAUUUUUUGCAAUAAUUCUAGUUUUGUCCCUGGGAGCAAAUUAACCACUUUGAAGUUUUGGUACUUCCCCCCCCACCCCGAAACCAUAAAGCAGUAUAUAAAUUCCAGGAAAUAAAUAGAAUCAACUUGUUGGUUGUAUACAGAAAAAAAGGUUGUUAGGGCUGUAAAACCCCAUACUAUUAACAUCCUUGCAGUCUAAAGGUGUCGCUCUGCCCUAUAACUUACCCACCUUUCUUUGUGUCUCACUGCCAUCAGAGCUGUACAGUGGUACCUCAGGUUAAGUACUUAAUUCGUUCCGGAGGUCCGUUCUUAACCUGAAACUGUUCUUAACCUGAAGCACCACUUUAGCUAAUGGGGCCUCCUGCUGCUGCCACGCCGCUGGAGCACAAUUUCUGUUCUCAUCCUGAAGCAAAGUUCUUAACCUGAAGCACAAUUUCUGGGUUAGCGGAGUGUGUAAACUGAAGCGUAUGUAACCCGAGGUGCCACUGUAUAGGUUUGAUAAAGAUUUGAGGCAGGGCCUUUACAGUGGUGACAACCAGGUUCUGGAAUGACUUUGGAGGUUUGUAUGGCUCCCAGCCUUUUCAUUCAUCUACAAAGCCUGUUUUAUUUCACUGGGCCUUGGGUCCUGGGUAUUAUUUUUGGUUUGAUUCUUUAUUGUUAUUUGAACGCUGUAUUGCAUUUGCUGUUUGUGAGUUUUCAUUUUUAUUUGGUAAUUCUAAUGCUGUGUUGGAUUUUAUCUGUUUUUAUGUGUCAUAAGUGGUUUUAAAGCCCUUUAGUGAUAAAGGUAGGCUAAAUAGAGAGAGAGAUCACACACCAUUAUUUAAAAGUAGCCAGUUGUGCAGUAGUUACAAUAGAAGCGGAGGAAUGCUUAUAAAGCAGUGGGCGCUGGUGAAGGCAAGGAGAAUAAGGCAAAAAGCUGCUGCCCUGUUGCUAUGCUGUGUGAAAAUCUGACUAGGCUGAAUAGUCAAUGCAUUGCUUUCAUGUGAAGUAUGAAGUGAAUGCUGUUUUUCCUGUGUUCAGUGUAACAUUUCUCCACUGCCUGUGAAGGGCAUGUUUCCACAAGCUAUGCCUUUUAAAUAAACACCACUUAAUCGA